AAACUACACAAUCGAAUAUCAUGCCAAAUUCAGUUACAAUCACGACGAGAACCAUAGUUCUAUAAGUUAUAACAGACACACACACAGAAACAAGACCCAACUAACCAUCAGAAUAUUAUCAUGAAUAACUUAUGCAUUUCAACAACUUGCAUUCUCCACUGUAUAUAUAUGUGUGUUUAUUAUAUAUUAGACAUUACGCAUUGUGGAACCCUAGUCCCUUUUCUCCAUAACAUACAUUUUUUACUCUCUGAUAAUAUGAUAGUGACAAUUGUUUCAUACACACAAGAAUUCACCAUGGAAAUCAGCGAACAAGAAUCUGUGUUGGAGGUCAAGAAACGUUUAGGACAGUUUCUUCAGAUCCCAGCAUCUUCUUUAACUCUCUUUGUCUCUUGUUGGGAACUCAUCGACGGUCUUGACAUCGAAGAUUACCCAAUCAUCUCUCACGGCACCAGAAUCGACCUCACCGUGACUCCCCUUUUCACCGCACCGUCUUUUAUCAACCCGGCCAUUAGAAAAAUCCACGUCACCGUCAAGUUCCCUUCAAAACAGUUCACCGUUGAAGUAGACAGAACCGAAACGGUAAGUAGCUUGAAGGACAAGAUUCACAUUGUGGAGAACACACCGAUAAAGCGAAUGCAGUUAUACUAUUCCGGGAUUGAGCUAGCUGAUGAUUAUCGAAACCUAAACGAAUAUGGAAUCAGUGAAUUCUCAGAGAUUGUGGUGUUUCUCAAGUCGAUCAACCGAGCCAAAGACGUUGCUCCGGUGAGGAAACUCUGUUUCUUGGUGCAGACGUCAUCGAGUUUAUUCAACGGUGCGAGGAUUCCUGUGGAGAUUAAGGACACUUGCACCAUCUCGGAGAUGAGAGAAGGGUUACAAGCUAACAAGACGUUGCCACGAGACGAGUAUAUAUUCGUACACAAGCAACGGAUUAUGCGAGAGAAUUGUAGUCUUCGGUGGCAUGGUGUUGAAAAUUGUGACACUCUUUUUGUGUUUAAAGGGUCUAUUAGUCGUGAAGGUUACUGAGAUUUUGAGCUUCUUAUUCGAAUAAGUCCCUCUUAAUAACGCAUAUAGUGCUUAAUUGGAUUAUGCAUUCUUAAACAUUGAUGGAAUAUAUAUUAUUUUAAUAUUGUUAAACAAAAAUAUGUAGUGUAGUAGUUGAUGUUAGUAAUUUUUGUUAGUGUUUUCGAUAUUUUAUUGCUAAAAAAUUAA